AGAGGAACUUACAUGGGCGCAACAAGCUAAUAAUGCAGCUAUGUUAGCCUCCGUUAGAACGAUUAGCACCAUGGAGGCGUUUAAAAAAACAUGUCGCCAGAAGCUAAUUCAUUAAUGAACAAAGGCCAUCUUUACGUGUGUGACAUGAGCGCAGAUGGCGUCAUACAGCACGUCACGUCCACGGUCAAACCUCCAGUGUACCUUCACUUUGGAGACGCCAAGGUGGACUCCAGCCACUCGGGCGUCUGCGUGCUGGACGUCACCCUCCCCUUUGGAAAAAGUGUCAAUAUUGAGGCCGUCGCCUUCAAGAACUUCUACACGGCCUUCGUCAGCGUGAGGCUGCAGAGGCGGAGCCCCGGCCAGGAGGCAGCGGCGGCCAAGUGGGUCACGGCUGUCAGGGACCUCCCCCUCAUGAAGAACCCCCAUACCGAGGCGGGCUCGCAGGACUUCUAUGCCAUCCACCGGACCCAGAUGCAAGUGGAGCCGGAUCACGUCACGUCCCUGAGACUCAUCCUGAGACAGCCGUCCUCCGCCUGGUUGACCUUCAACCUGGAGGACAUCCGCAUCUUCCCUCGCACGCAAACGGAGACUGGCAAGGAGCUCUCUGAUUGGCUUUCUGCUCUGACGCUGGUUGACCGCCAUCCUGAUGUGGAGGGGGAGGGUCUGCCGGACCCUCAGACAGUUUCUUGCAGCCUUCAGCAGAUGUGGGCGUUGACUGAGGUGAUGCAGAGCAGUCAGAGCUCCGCCUCCAUCGGACGCUUUGAUGUGGAAGGAUGCUACGACGUCAACGUCUUAUCUGUGACAUAAACAUACUUACAUUGUGUGCUACACAGCUGCUGUAUCCUCUGGAACUGUCAGUAAUACAUCGAAAAGUUACAUGUGACGUAAGUUAUUUGACAUAAAACUCUAGAAUGCUUGUUUGUUGCUAUGACAGCCAAGCACUGUAAGAUAUGAAUGUAUAUUGUAUGAUGUAGCAAAUAAAGGCUAUCAUCCGCUGUACAGACAUUUUAACUUACGACUUAAAUUUUUUUUUUUUUUUUUUGUAAAUUUAGUGUCAUCAGCUUACUAUGUGAACAAGCUGUGUAGUACUUUGCAGAGUAUUAGCCUACAGUGUUUCAGUUGACGGUUUAUUUCCGUGUACACGCAUAGCAUAGCGUACUGUAGAUAUACAGAUACCGGUAUAAAUAAAUAAAUACA